CCCUGACCUGCGCGCCUGUCCAUCCCAGCAUGGCCGCCGCCUCGUCCUCCUCCUGCGGCGGCGCCGGCUGCGGGGCCCGCUGCUCCUCCUCCACCUCGUCAUCCGUAGAGGAUGCUCCGGAGGGGAUUCUGGGCCGUCUCUCCAUAUCCGGUGCCGCCGCCUCCUGCGGCAAGUGCGGCGGCGGCGCCGUCGUCGUGGUUGCCGGAGGCGUCGGUCUGUGCGGAGAGUGCUUGCGGGCCCAGCUGUUCGGGAAGUUCAAGCUCGCCGUCACAAGCAACGCCAUGGUUCGGCCAACCGACUCCGUCCUCGUCGCCUUCUCCGGCGGCCCCGCCUCUAGGGUUGCUCUGCAAUUUAUACAUGAGAUGCGGUCCAAGGCAAUCGAAAGCUGGGACGCCAGCAAUUCGGAAGCCCUACCGGUCUUCAAUGUCGGGGUGGCGUUCGUUGACGAGAGUGUUUUGUUGUCGAAGCCCGAAUGCGAAGUUGAGCAGGCAACUGAAGAUAUUAAGUCAAUUGUGUCGAGUUUGUUGCCGGGAGAUAACGCAAUGCACAUUGCCUCUCUUGAUGACGUGUUCUCCCCGGAAUCAAAAGACGGUGAAGGCAGGCUGAGGGAGCUAGUUGGAAUGAUUACUGAUGAUACUGGGAGGGAGGAUCUUCUUCAGUGCUUGCGCAUGCUUUCGUUGCAGAAGAUUGCACUGGAAAAUGGGUACACAAAGAUCAUGCUGGGAUCAUGUGCUUCUACAAUAGCAUGUCAUGUGCUAUCUGCAACAGUAAAGGGCCAAGGUUAUUCCUUACCAGCUGAUAUCCAAUAUGUUGAUACACGGUGGGAAGUGCCUGUCGUUCUUCCACUUCGUGAUUGCCUGGCCCAAGAGCUUAGCCUGCUCUGUGAAUUUGAUAGUUUAAAGACACAGCAACUUCUUGAUAGGCCUUGCAGUGGCAUCAAUGGCUUAGUCGCAUCUUUUGUUGCACGACUAAGGGAGGAGAAUCCUUCUCGUGAGCAUACUAUUGUAAGAACUGCACAAAAACUUAAGCCAUUCCCUUUUAACAAGUUCUCAGCAAAUGGCUAUCAUGAUUUCCUGCCGUCGCGGCUGCGUCCCAAGUUCCAGGAUGUUGAUAGCGAUGAGUCUGCUUUCUCUGAGGUUCUCUGCCUGAUAUGUCGAAGUCCAUUCAGUGAAUCAGAACUCCAGAAUGUUGAAAGCACAAGGCACACGUCUCAGAAGAAAAUUGAUCUGUAUACUGCUUAUUGCUGUCAAAGCUGUCAUUUCCAGAUUCUACCAGGAGGUAGAGACCUGUAUGACCAUUUCUUUUCACUACUACCAAGGUUCUGGACUGAGAGAGUAGAUACUGCAUCUGCCAGCCAUAGCUCGCUAAGAGAUCAAAUAGAAGACUAUCUUCUUGAAGACGAUGAUGAUGGGAACUGACACUUGUUCAUUGAGUGAAUCCCAAACUUACUUGCCAGAAGCCUGCAGAGAUUCCUUCCUAGUUGGGCCUCACAAAUCAUGACAUAAACCAAACUUGCUUGGGAUAACAGUGUUCGCAUCUAGUAAGGCACUGGUUUAUUCAGACUUCUGCCAUAUUCUUAGAAUUACCCUCCAUUAUAUUUUUUAUUUAAUUUUCUGGUGUACCUGUAAGUCCUCCCUCAAGUUAAAACAUGUCUGAAACUUGUAGUGAUAAAGGAAACCAUCACUUGCCAGCAGUUUUGCACUGAUCUCAAACAGCUGACUUUGGGUAGCUGCAGGCUCCCAACUUCCAUGUGAUUACAGUAUUCUGAUUGGUCUCACCUACUGUACCAACUAUUUGCCUGCAAGAUUGUAAUCAGAUGAAUUUACAAAAUGGGUUUACAACAACUAUUGUGCUGUAUAAACUUUUGUACUCGCUUGAUUAUAAUCUAUUACACUGUUGCAUUUG